UGAUAUCCCGGCUUGGGAAAUGGGGAGGGAUUUCGCUCCGGGUUUCGGCGGAUUCUGAGCGCUUGGUUUUCCCGAUUGAUCUUCCUCUGCCCCCCUCCACCCCCCAGUCAGUCCAAUCGUACACCUCCCCCAUUGCACCCUCAACACCUCUUUUUUUUUGCUUUCCUUCGUGACGUUCACCCAUUUGCGAUCCACUCCUCCCGUUUUUUCCCCUUUGCAAUCCCUCCCUCCCAGGUCGGGGGUAGUAGCGGAGGGGCCGGGGUGCGAAAGGACGGGACUCCGGACAGGUAAUGAGCGAGCGGCCGCUGGCGGCGGGGGCUUUGCCCCGGGAGGUGCGGGAGCAGCUGGCGGAGUUGGAACUGGAACUGUCAGAGGGAGACAUCACACCAAAGGGAUAUGAGAAGAAGAGGGCCAAACUCCUGGCACCUUUCCUCGCACAGCCCACAGGCUCAGAUCCCGCCCCACAGAGUGACCAGCCACCACAGCCCGCCCCCUCGCGUUCUCGCCGCUGCAGGUCUCGGGGCUCUCGGGAUGAGCGGUAUCGUUCCGACAUCCACAUGGAAGCGGUACAGGCAGCUUUGGCCAAACACCGAGAACAGAAGCUGGCACUGCCCAUGCCAACGAAGAGACAAUUGGUGCCUGGAAAGACCCCGGCAAAACCGGCCACUCCACCAGACACGUCCAGUGCCUCUGAGGACGAGGGGUCGCUUGGUACCGGUGGUGUGCAUCCAGGGGUCUCCCAAGACACUGCGACCUCAGACCACUGGAUCAACCAAUCAGUGCAGGGCUCCUCCACCUCCUCCUCAUCUGCCUCGUCCACCCUGUCGUACAGUGAGGGGAGGGGUUCUUCACCAGGUGGGGCUCUGCUGGGAGAUGUCGCUGCCUUCCCACGCACUGAGAACCAGACGGCACCCCCAGAUGUCAGCUCCACGCCUGGGUCGGAGGGUCUGGGGAGCCAGGACCAGCGACCCCCAUCUGUGCACCGUCUGAGCCAGGAGCCCGUCCUAGACACAGCAGCAGCCCCCUCCCCUCCCCCAGUGAACAGCCGUGUGUCGGUGAAGAUCCAACAGUUGGUGAACACCCUUCGCCGUCCAAAGCGCCCGCCGCUCGCUGACUUCUUCCUCGACGACUCGCAGGAGAUUGUUGAAGUGCCCAGCAGCGAUCCCCAGCAGCCACGGGCGGAGGGCAGUCCCAUGGCCCCGGUGCGUGGGGAGCCCCUGGGUGCCGUGGGGAACUGGCCUCCAACUCUCGAGGCUGCCCUGCAGCGCUGGGGGACCACCCAGGGGAAGGCGCCCUGCCUGACUGCUCUGGACUCCAGUGGGAGGGCUGGGACCACUCUCACCUACGGGAAGUUGUGGACGCGAAGCCUGAAGCUGGCUUACACCCUCCGGCACAGAUUGGGUGUGCGCAGCGAGGUGACUGUUUCCCCCGGAGACCGGGUGGCUCUGGUCUACCCGAACAGCGAUCCGGCCAUGUUCCUGGUGGCAUUCUGUGGCUGUCUCCUCGCUGAGGUGGUUCCUGUCCCUAUUGAGGUCCCCCUCACCCGGAGGGACACGGCUGACCCGCAGCUGGGCUUCCUGCUGGGCAGCUGUGGGGUGAGCUUGGCCCUCACCACCGAGGCCUGUCUGAAGGGGCUGCCCCAGAGUCAGGGCGAGGUCACCCCCUCCAGAGGGUGGCCACGGCUGAAGUGGGUGGUGACCGACUCCCGAUACCUGGUCAAACCCUCCAAGGACUGGAGACCCUCAUUCCGACUGGCAGGUCCCGAGCCAGCCUACAUCGAGUACAAGACCAGUAAGGAAGGCAGCGUGAUGGGUGUCUGUGUCUCGCGUAUCGCCCUGUUACGACACUGCCAGGCCUUAACGCAAGCUUGCAACUACAAUGAAGGGGAAACGGUGGUCAACGUGCUGGACUUCAAGAAGGACGUGGGUCUGUGGCAUGGCGUGCUCACAAGUCUGAUGAACAAAAUCCACACCAUCAGUGUUCCUUAUGCUGCCAUGAAGGCAUCACCUCUCACCUGGGUCCAGAGAGUGGCCGCACACAAAGCAAAGGUGGCUCUGGUGAAAUGCCGGGACCUUCACUGGGCCAUGGUCGCCCAACCGGAGCACCGGGACUUCAGUCUCUCCUCCCUCCGACUGCUGAUCGUGGCCGAUGGUGCCAAUCCAUGGUCCGUGUCUUCCUGUGAUGCCUUCCUCAGCGCCUUCCAGAGCCGGGGCCUGAGGCCCGACGCCAUCUGUCCCUGUGCCUCCUCACCCGAGGGUCUCACUGUGGCCAUCCGCAGGUCGGGAUGUGGAGAUCGCCGGGCUGUGCUCUCCUUGGAAGGUCUCAGCCACGGGCUGGUCCGCGCUGACCCUGAGGACAAGAGCAGCGCACUGACUGUGCAGGACGUGGGACCCCCACUUCCCGGAGCUACGCUUUGCAUAGUGAGACUCCAGGGACCCCCUGAGCUGUGCCGGACUGACGAGGUUGGAGAGAUAUGUACCAGUAACCGGGUGAAUGGCUGCCAGUAUUACGGACUGACUGGCCUGACCCGCAACACCUUUGAGGUCUUUCCCAUCAACUCUGAGGGCGCUCCCAUCAGUGAAGCUCCCUUUAUACGGACAGGAUUGUUGGGAUUUGUUAGUCCUGGUGGUCUGGUGUUUGUCGUGGGGAAACUGGAUGGUCUGAUGAUGGUGAGUGGCCGGAGACACAACUCAGAUGACAUUGUGGCCACGGCCCUGGCUGUUGAGCCAAUGAAGACUGUUUAUCGGGGAAGGGUGGCGGUGUUCUCGGUGACGGUUCUGUACGACGAGCGUGUCGUGCUGGUGAUUGAGCAGCGACCUGACGUGGCCGAAGACGAGAGCUUCCAGUGGAUGAGCCGUGUGCUGCAGGCAAUUGACAGCAUCCACCAGUUGGGCGUGUACUGCCUGGCCCUGGUGCCGGCCAACACCCUCCCAAAGACGCCGCUGGGGGGCAUCCACAUUCCCCAGACCAAGCAGCGGUUCCUGGAGGGAGCUCUUCACCCCUGCAACGUGUUACUCUGCCCCCACACCUGCGUCACCAACCUGCCAAAACCCCGGCAGAGGCAACCAGUGGGGGUUGGACCUGCUCCGAUGAUGGUGGGGAACCUUGUGGCCGGGAAGCGAAUUGCGGAAGUGUCUGGCCGAGAGCUGGUGGACGACCUGGAAUGUGGAAGGAAGCUCCAGUUCCUGUCAGAAAUACUCCAGAACCGAGCUCAGUCCACCCCAGAUGAUACCCUCUUCACUCUGCUCAGUGCCAAGGGGACGCCAGCCUGUUCAGUGAGCUGCCUCCAACUGCACCGACGAGCAGAGAGAGUAUCUGGUGCACUGGCCGAGCGGGGCAGGUGUGCGGCUGGAGAUGUGGUCGUCCUGCUCUACCCCCCUGGGAUCGACCUCAUUGCCGCCUUCUAUGGCUGCCUGUACACGGGAUGUGUCCCAGUGACUGUGAGGCCCCCCCACCCACAGAACCUUACCGCCACCCUCCCCACUGUUAAAAUGAUUGUGGAAGUCAGUAAAGCAGUCUGUGUACUGACCACACAGCCGAUCUGCCGUCUUCUGCGAUCCAGGGAGGCCGCGGCUACGGUGGACAUCCGCAGUUGGCCCCAGCUCAUCGAGACGGAUGACCUUCCGCGGCGGAAAGUGCAGGAGGUCUACACGCCCCCCACGCCUGAGAUGCUGGCCUAUCUGGAUUUCAGUGUCUCCACCACGGGAAUGCUGACUGGUGUCAAGAUCUCCCACGGGGCAGUGAGCACUCUAUGCCGAUCCAUCAGGCUGCAGUGUGAGCUAUACUGCUCACGCCAGAUCGCCCUCUGCCUUGACCCCUAUGGCGGCUUUGGCUUUGCACUCUGGUGCCUCUGCGGGGUAUACGCGGGACACCACACACUGCUGAUUGCACCGGCGGAGCUGGAGAACAACCUGUCGCUUUGGCUGAGUGCGGUCAGUCAGUACCGCGUGCGCGAUACCUUCUGCUGCUAUGCCGUCAUGGAGCGGUGUACGCGUGGCCUUGGAACGCAGACCCACGUCCUCAAGGUGCGAGGGGUGAACCUGUCGUGCGUGAGGACUUGCGUGGUGGUGGCGGAGGAGCGACCGCGCACCAGCCUCACCCACUCCUUCUCGAAGCUCUUCAAGGACUUGGGGCUCUCACCGCGGGCCGUCAGCACCACCUUUGGCUCCCGGGUCAACCUCGCCAUCUGCCUACAGGGAACAACAGGACCUGAUCCCACCAUGGUGUACGUGGACUUGAAGGCCCUGAGGCAUGACAGGGUGAGGUUGGUCGAACGUGGAUCCCCGCAGAGUCUCCCCUUGAUCGAGUCUGGCAAGAUAUUACCAGGGGUCCGGGUGAUCAUCGUGAACCCAGAGACCAGGGCACCCCUGGGAGACGCCCAUCUGGGUGAGAUCUGGGUGAACAGCCUUCACAACUCUAGUGGCUACUACUCCAUCGAGGGCGACGACUCUCCUCGGACUGGACACUUUGAUGCCCGGCUCAGUUUCGGAGACACGCAGACGUCCUGGGCCAGGACCGGGUACCUGGGCUUUGUCCGGCGCACUGAGCUUACCGUAGGAGGUGGAGACCGACAUGACGCUGUGUAUGUAGUGGGUGCACUGGACGAGACUCUGGAGCUACGGGGACUCCGUUACCACCCUAUUGACAUCGAGACCUCCGUCUGCAGGGCCCACCGAGGCAUCGGGGAGUGUGCGGUCUUCACCUGGACCAACCUGUUGGUGGUGGUAGCAGAGCUGACGAGCUCGGAGCAGGAGGCUCUGGACCUGGUGUCGCUGGUGACGGGAGUGGUCCUGGAACAGCACUCGCUGAUCGUGGGAGUGGUGGUGGUUGUCGACCCCGGGGUCGUGCCCAUCAACUCGCGUGGCGAGAAACAGCGCAUGCACCUGAGGGACAGUUUCCUGGCUGACCAACUCGACCCCAUCUACGUCGCCUACAACAUGUAGUCCUGGUGGGAGGGAAGGGGGUGGUCAGGGCACAGGGGGCAGGGAGGGUGCUGCUCGUUUGCGGUGAAUGGGGGAAGAUGAGGGUGUCCAUUGGUGGAUGGGGAGAGGGAUGUCCGUCAUGUGACGGUGGAUGAGGAGAACGGUACCAUUGUUGGGUGGUGAUGGGUGCCCCAUCUGUUGGCUGGUUAAAAGGGUGCCUGUUGUUGGGAGGGUAGGGAAAAGAGUCCCAGUGGGUGUUGUGUGUUUGGGGCAGGUAUGUCAAUCAGUGAUGGACUUCAGAGUUUUGAAACAAAACCCAGCCCCAAGGGAUCUCCAACCCAUUUCCUGCACCCUCUUGUUCCCCCCACCAUCACCAUAGCCCAGGACAGUUCUCAUUCUCCCUGUAUCAGUUGGGAUCACCCCCCCCAUCCCUCUUCCCCUUUCCCCUCCUACCCUCUCCCUCCCCCUCAUCCCCUUUCCCCUUCUUCCCCCCCUCCCCACACUACUCCUUCUCCCUCCCCUCCUGUCAUUUCCCCUCCCUAUCUCUCCCCCUUCUUCCUCCCCCUCCCUUCCCACCCUCCCCCUUCUCUCCCCUCCCCCUUCUCUCCUCCUCUCCCCUUCCCCUCUCCCUUCCCCCUUCUCUCCCCUAAUCCCCUCCAGCUAACCUCUCCUCUCCCUCUCUUACCUCCUCCCUCCCUCCUGCUCAUUCCCUCCCUUCAUUAUCCAUGUCCUCCUUCCCACCUUCCCUCUUUGCUCCCCCUUCUGACAACUAAACAUGAGCUGUGACCCUGGUGCAUGUGCUUCAGAGCGGAUGGAGGUUUGUGUGGUCGACCUCUGUAUCCCUCCUGCACUCCAUUGCCCCCCACCUUGUGUAAAUAUACACAAUGAUUAUAUGUAAUUUAUUCAUAGUUGAAUGUUCAUCAACUUGUCCCGUGUGUGAUCCACCCUGCCUGCGUCCCUUCUGUGCAGUCCGGGUGGUGUCAGCAAGUGCUGCAGCCCUCCUUCCCCAAGGAUCCAGUGGAACGCAGUCCUACAGGGAGUGUGUGUACGAGCAUGUGUGGGCACAGAGAAAUCUGUGGGUGUGCUUCAUGCUGGGCACAUCUGUCUGUGUGUGAAGCUUUGGAUUCCAGCAUCUGCCUUUUUCCCAGUAAAUAUCCUCCACCCUUUUCCCAUGACCAACCACAGGUCUUCACCAUAGUCAACUAGGUCCCUUACCCCAUUUGGUCCACGCUGACCCUGAUAUCUAUCUUCCCUAAUCCCAUUAUCACUGUAUCCCUCUACACCUGUCCCAUCCAAGUACCUGCCCUAACAUUAGAACCCACCGCCACCAUCUCCUCCAGCCUCUGUGUGGAAAACCUUUCUCUCGGAUCUCCUUUAAAUGUCACCUUUCAAAACUAUGCUCUCUAGUUUUAGACUCACCAACCUUGUGACCACCCAUGUUAACCGAGCCUCUCAUGGUUUUAUAAACCCCAGCCUCCUGCAAGCCAAGGAAAACCAUUCCAGCCUCUCCCUUAUAGCUCCAAUCCAGGUAAUACCCUUCGUGAAUUUCUUCUGCACCCUCUCCUGCUCAAUCCCAUCCACUCUAUCACUGCGAGACCAGAACUGUACGUAGUACUCCAGGUGAGGUCACAACAACAUCUUGUGUAGCUGGAACAUGACAUCCCAACCCCUGUACUCAGUGCCCUGACUGAAGGCCAGCAUGCAAACAUCUUCUUCACCAUUCUGUCCACCGCUAUGUGGAAUAUCCCUAAUGGCCCCGAAGACAGUCCAUCAAACAUUUAUUGGACAGGUUCCACGUCUGUCCCAUCCAUGUAUAUGUUCAAGUGUCAACAAUCCCACACCCCUCAAUAAGUUCCAUGGAUUAGAUAGUAAAAGACAGCCUGCUCUAUCUAUGCCUCUCAUAAUCUUAUAAACCUCGAUCCGGUCUCCCCAAAGCCUCCUCCGCUCCAGAGAAAACAACCCAAGUCUGUCUAACUCUUCCCUCCUACAUAUUACUUUCAUCCAAUGGUCUCUUCAAUGUCCUUAAUGUAUCUGCCUCUACUACUACCUCUAGAGUGUGUUCCAGACACCCACCACUCACAGUUAACCUCUGAAUUCCCCCUGAAUUUUCCUCCAAACACCUUAAAAUGGUGCUCUCUUGUUUUAGCCAUUGCCACCCUGGGAUAAAGGUGCUGGCUGCCCACUCCAUUUUAUCCAUCAAGUCACCUCUCACCCUCCUUCACUCCAAAGGGAAAAGGCCUAGCUCACUCAACCUAUCCUCAUAAGACAUGCUCUCUAAUCCAGAGAGUCAUGUGCAUUUUCUCUGAAGCUACCACGUCGGUGACCAGUACUGAACACAAUUUUCCAAGUGUGGUCCAAUCAAGAGUUUUACAGAGCUGCAACAUUACUUCGCAGCUCUUGGAAGUCAGUUCUCAAUGCACCAUACACUUUAACAACCCUAUCAACUUGUGCUGGAUCUAUUGAUGUGGACUCCAAGGUUCCUCUGUUCCUCCACUACUAGGAAUCCUGUCAUUAACCCUGUAUUUGACAUUCCAAAAUUAAUCACUUGACACUUUUCUGGGUUGAACUCCAUCUUUAGGUUUGGUCCCCCCUAGGAAUUCCUCUCUGCCCUGGAUUGUGGGAUAUAGGUUCCCUGAGUUUCAGCAGGGAGGAAUGUAAAUCCAGCAACUACCCAACAGCCCCUCACUAACAGGAGGGAGGGGGGAGGUGAAGUGACAGGGAACCAGAGGAGGUUGGGGAGGAUAGGGGAAAGGGAGAACAGGGAGGUAGUUCCCAGUGGCUGACCACAGAACCAGUGAGGGCUUUUGCUGGAAGGUGUGGGGGUGACCCUACUCCCACGCAACCUACCUCUGUACAUUUUACUGUCUGUUUUAUAUCAAGAUGGCUGGAGAUUAAAGAGAAAGGUGUUUAUUUUU